AUGUCCCUCAAUGCGCAAGCAACUUCGCAUAUACGCAACAUAAUAGACAAAGCCUGCGAAGAUCAAAAGUUCGGUAUUCCCGGGACCGCAGUCGUGGUCGUUGGCAAAGAUGGCAACGAACUAUUCGCUCAUUCUGCCGGUAAACGAGGCACGGGAUCCAAAGAUACCAUGACUUUAGAUAACAUCUUCUGGAUCGCAUCUUGUACAAAGAUGUUGGUGGGUAUCGCCUGCAUGCAACUUGUUGAGCAGGACAUUCUCAAGCUGGACGAUGGGGCGCAGACCGAGCGUUUGUGCCCUGAAUUGAAGAAUCUCAAGGUUUUGCGGCCAGAUGGAAGUUUUGAGGAGAAGAAGCGUGCAAUUACAUUGCGCAUGCUGCUGUCCCAUACUGCCGGAUUUGGCUAUACCUUUUUCAAUGAGAGACUGAGACAGUGGUCAUAUCCGGUUGGCGUGGAUGAGUUCUCUGGACGGAUUGAAGAUAUAAAGCUGCCUUUGCUUUUCCAGCCCGGCGAAAGUUGGGAAUACGGCGUUGGUAUCGACUGGGCGGGAAUCGCACUGGAGCGCGCAACUGGACUGACGCUCAACGCCUAUCUCCAGAAACAUGUCUUCCUGCCCCUUGGGAUCAAGGAUAUGUCUAUGAUUCCGAACCACGACAUGCGCCGGAGGCUGGCGUAUAUGAACAGUAGAAAUCCAGACGGUACUCUGAGAGCCCGAGACCAUCUUCAUCGAGCGCCUCUGGUCGUGGAUCCGGAGAAUACGGCUGAAGUUGCCAGGGUGUUUAACAGCGGUGGCGCAGGCAUGUUUGCCAAGCCGCAAGAAUACUGCAAGGUCCUAGCUGUGCUGUUAAAUGACGGAACAUGUCCUAAGACGGGCAGUAAGUUACUUCUCAAAGAAACCGUCGAUGAAAUGUUUUCCAACCAAAUCCCUCAAUUCCCUAACUACAGCCGCCCGGGCAUCCCAGCUGCAAAACCGGACCUAACAAACCCCAUUCCUGAGCUGUAUCCAGUUCCUGGGGAUCCGCCACAGGGUUGGGGCCUCACCUUUAUGCUGAGCAACGGUGGCGUGACAGGGCGGUCGAAUGGCACAGUGCACUGGGCUGGGCUGCCGAAUUUGUGGUGGUGGGCGGAUAGGGAGAAGGGCGUUGCGGGGAUUGUUUGUACGCAGAUUCUGCCGUUUGCGGACGCCGAGGUGCUUAGUCUAUGGGGAGCAGUCGAGGCCGAGAUAUAUAAAGCGCUUGCUCAGUGA